AAUUUUUGACUUGGGUGACUCAGCUGUAAUAACUCAAUCACCCUCAGUUCCCUCACUGCGUCUCUCCGGCUUGGAUCCAAAUCGAAAUUAAAUCAACAAAAUCUGAAAGCAAUUUUAGUUAAUUUUUAGUUAAAAAGAAAAGAGAGAGAUGGAAAAGUUGUCUACCAAGUUUUUCUGUCUAUUCUUGGCUCAUGCCCUCUAUUCGAGUUCUUUAAUCCACCUUGGAGAAUCAACACCAGCGUACAGCGAACACGCAUGUACAAAUUCGACGGCUACUGAUACUCUUUUAACCCAAGAUAGCACCUACCUCUCCAAUCUCAAUAUCCUCCUCUCCUAUCUCACCUCCAACGCCACCAAAGAUGGUGGCUUUUACCAAACCACCGUCGCCAGCGGCACUCCCGACGCCUCAACUGGCCUCUUCCAAUGCCGCGGAGACAUAACUGCUUCCGUAUGCCGAGAAUGCGUCGGAAUCGCUUCUACAGAGGUACUUAAGCGGUGCCCACUAGAAAAGCAAGCCGUAAUCUGGUACGACGUGUGUUGGAUACGGUACCAGGACAGCUCUGUCUUCUUGCCGAACCCGGGCAUAGUGCCGUCGACAUCGUUGCAGAGUUCGGAGACCGUGACGGAAGCCGAGCGUUUUAACGAAUUGUUGGCGACUGUUAUGGACGCACUAGCGAACAAAGCAGCGAAUUCCGGGUCGGUUAAGAAGUUCGCGACGGACCAAAAGAACUUCCAGAGUUCGCAGACUUUGUACGGCUUGGCGCAAUGCACACCGGACUUGUCGGCGUUCGAUUGCAACACGUGCUUGCGUAGCGCCAUCGGUUUCUUUCCUGAUUGCUGCAGUGGCAAACGAGGUGGGUCCGUUUUCUUGCCCAGCUGCAUCACCAGAUUCGAGUUCUACCCCUUCUUCAACUCCACUGCUACACCUUCAAGUUCAACUCCGGUUCCACCUUCAGGAAAAAGAAACGGUUCAACAGUUACAAUUAUUGCCAUUGUUGGGCCAAUUGGUGUGGUUCUUAUGGUCUUCGUGAUUGGCUUCUGCUUCCUCCGUAGGAAAGCAAAGAUGAGGAAAUAUCUCUCUAUUCGGCGGCAAGACAGUGUCCGAAAUGAAAUUUCAAUGGCUGAGAGUUUUCAAUUUGCCAUGGAGGAAAUUAAGACUUCCACUAACCACUUUUCGGAUGAGAACAAGAUAGGGAGAGGUGGAUUUGGUGAAGUUUACAUGGGUACCUUGAGUGAUGGACAGAAAAUAGCCGUGAAAAGACUGAUUGGAAAUUUAGGGCAAGGAGCAGAGGAACAAUUUAAAAAUGAGGCCAAAUUGAUGGCCAAGCUUCAACACAGAAAUCUUGUAAAGCUAUUAGGAUUUUGCUUAGAAGGAGAAGAAAAAAUUCUGAUCUACGAAUAUGUGCCCAAUAAAAGCCUUGAUUUCUUUCUAUUCGAUGAUGAGAAGAAAAACAUGCUAGAUUGGUCAACACGCUACAAGAUUAUAACAGGGAUUGCGAGAGGAAUUCUUUAUCUUCAUGAAGAUUCUAGACUUAAAAUUAUACAUCGUGAUCUAAAAGCUAGCAACAUUUUAUUAGAUGACCAUAUGAAUCCUAAGAUUUCGGAUUUUGGCAUGGCAAAAGUUUUUGUUAUGGACCAAACUCGUGGAAGUACCAAUCGUAUUAUUGGAACUUACGGUUACAUGUCUCCGGAGUACGCCAUGCAUGGACAAUUUUCUUUUAAGUCGGACGUGUUCAGCUUUGGUGUGUUGGUUCUUGAGAUUCUCAGUGGCAAGAGAAACAAUUUUUUCAAUCAAUCACACGGUGAUGGAGACCUCUUGAGCUAUGCUUGGGAGCUUUGGAAGGAAGGAACUUUCUUGGAAUUGUUGGAUCCAACUUUAAGAAAUUCCUUCUCAAAAAAUGAAGUGAUUAGAUGCAUUCAUAUGGGAUUGUUAUGUGUUCAAGAAAAUCCUGUUCAUAGACCCACCAUGGCAACAAUAGUUCUCAUGCUCAACAGUUACUCUGCUAUACUUCCACCACCUCAACAACCAGCAGCCCUAUCUCAUCGUAAUAAUAGAACACAGUCGAGCACGGCAACUACUGGUGAGCACCAAUCUAAUCAAUCUAUGCCCAAUUCAACACAAUGGUCAGUUAAUGACGGAUCCAUGAUCACUGAAGUCUACCCUCGAUAGUACAGGGUUGGGUUGGCACAACUGUCAACUAUAUUUUCUAAAUUAUCUGUUUACUUUGUAUAAUAAACUAACUACUAGCAUGGUUGCAAAUAUAGGACCAUUGUAAUGAUCUUAAUAGAAACUUAUUUUGCACAACUUCCCGCAUAAUUGGGAUAAGAA